CAGUAAAUACUCUCGUUAACCUCAGAAAUUGUUCGCUGGAACUUCGAAGCUUCAUUUGUCCGGGAGAAAUAUUAGCACUUGGCAAUAAGACGCAACUUCUCUCUUUCGUCUAAUUGUCUGUUCAAUUAACAGCGAGCCUUGACAAAGCUUAAGACGCGGUCUUAUUAUUUGGGACAGGUGAUAACAUCGUCCGCAUUAACAUAAAAAGUACGACUUCAAAAAGCUAAACGCGUACACAAGGAGCUCGAAGUUAUUCGAACGGCAAAAUGGCCGUAUUUUAUAAAUCUAGGGCGCGAUUAAAGGGACGUUUAACCGCGCAAUAAAUGCUACGGUCGAGGAGUAUUUUAUGGUCUUCGAUGGCUAAUCUCUUGAAGAUAUGAAGCUUUCGGGAAGCACGAAAAAAUUAUUAAUAAGGAUUGUACUAUUUCUUCUCUAUCUUCUCGUCGGAGCAGGGAUAUUUAUCGCCAUAGAAAGCGGUCCCGAAGAGACGGAGCAGAACAAGGCAAGGAAAUUUAUUGAGAAAGUGAAUAACCUGACAAAUGCUACUACCAGAUAUUUCAAUUCUUCAGAGGACGUGAAGCGGUUCUUAUCUGACUUCAAACAUGCGUUACGAAACGGGUACGACAUUGAUAAGAACGAAAUAACCGGCCCGAAGUGGACCUACAUGAAUUCAUUUUAUUUUGUUGGGAAUAUAGUCACGACAAUAGGAUAUGGCCACAUGGUCCCAGAAACUUUGUGGGGGCGACUUUUUUGCAUAUUGUAUGCCCUGUUCGGGAUACCUAUCACAGCCUUGAUGCUUCGUUCCGUCGGCAACCGGAUCACAGAAUGGAAUAUAUCAAUGAUCAAACUUUUUGAACGACGAGUUUACAAUCGUGAAACGGAGAAUGCUGAGAUCAAAAGCGCUGUUAUUGCGUUUGCUUUGCUUUGGAUUAUUAUACUGCUGUCGGCAAUAGGGUUUUGGCAAUUCCAAAAGGAUUGGGAUUAUCUUGGAUCAGUGUAUUAUUGUUUUAUAACUUUCUCCACGAUUGGAUUUGGUGAUCUGGUUCCGAACGAUGUACGAAGGGACGUUGGGAAUAAAGAUUAUCAGGUGUUCAUCGAGUUCGCAGAUUUGCUGUAUCUUGUGAUCGGCUUAGCUAUAAUGUCGAGCGUUGUCGUAGCAAUCUCGGGAGUCAUCGAGACGAAAACGCAAAUGCUGGUCGAUCCAAUGGAAGCGUUCCGACGAAUCGAUAUGGAAAACUUGAAUUCGGUGGCUGUUAAGAAGUUAGGUCUGAAAAUGAAUGGUGCCGAUAACCUUAAUUCAAGCAUGGGGCAUCAGGCCAGGAGGGCAAGUGAGGUGCCAAACGGUAUGAUGAACAGAAGAGGUAGUAGAUUUCCGUACUGGGAAGAACAGAGACUUCAAGAAAGGAGCAGUGCUGACAGAAUUGAGCAUGUAGGACCUGCUCCAGUAAUUAGUAUACCAAAACAACCAAGUUCGUCUAGAAAUAGCGAGUCGUCAAAGGCAACUAGUAAUGGUACCGCAAUCCCAAAGAAAACUGACAGUUUGUCUGUUCCAGUGGAACACAACUCCACAGCCUGUUCGCCAAGCAUUACCCCACAGCCUCCUCCUGUCUUUAAAUCAAACAAAGUCACACCUCUGGACGACAGUGACAACGAAGACGGCAUCGUUAACGACAUUUGUGAAACGGUCGACGAGACAUUUUCAAUCGAAGCAGGCGGAGCCAGUGAUGAAGAGGGAAGCAAGGCCAGCGGCCACACCGAUGAGUCAAGCCUAACGGGAAUAUAUGAAUUGCAAAAUGAACAUGAAAAAGUGAUGAAAAUAGAAACUACGGAAUCUUUUAAGCUUGGCAAUUCAACACAUUGGGAAGAUGUCGCGUAAUUUUUCGUCGAUUACCGAAAUAUAAACUAUACCCGUUUUGAUUUUCAUGCGUUCUGUGUCAAUGAACAUCAAAGAUGCUAUCUUUCUUGUAAAGGUACAAUUGGAAUUUUUGUUUUCACUGCCUUUUCAAUAAGAACAGUAUUUUGUAUAGUUUAAUUAAGUUGUUUUGUUGCAACUUUACCGAUGGAAAAGUAUGGCGUACAUUUUUUAUCCAAGUGGAGCAAGAAUGCCAUCUUGCUAGUGUCGUAAAAAACAAGUAACUAUUUUACUAAAUGCGAGAUGAUGAUGAUGAUGAUGAUGAUGAUGAUGAUGAUGAUGAUGAUGAUGAUGAUGAUGAUGAUGAUGAUGAUGAU